AUGACCGAAUUUCGGCCUUGCCGAGCUGGCACGUUGACGAAUGAAGGUACUGAGCAAAAUUUAUAAUUUCGCAAGAACUGAAAAAUCUUGAUGUGCUCGAGUCUACUACUUGUGCAGUAAAACAGAACGUAUAAAGUGCAAUCCACACAGUGCAUCGAGUGCUAACAUAACCAAUAUUACAUUUUUUUUUUUUUUUUAUAGAAUCAUAGUUUAGCUCGAUAAUUCUGAGUUCUAAGACAGUACAUCUUGGAUAACAAUAACUAAUUAUCCUUGUGAUUUGUUCCCCUAAAAGCGGCACUGUCACGCCAAACUUACCUUUCUCCUAUCGAUUGCUCUUCUCUCCCUCUCUCAGGAUCUGUUCUUCUUUUCUUCCUGUCUGCUCUAGUUUUCUUCAAAACAUAAGACAAAGUAGGGACUAUUUUGUCUUAUGUAUUUUUCCUACGCUUAGGAAGAAAUCAAAGAAAAAAAAGUUACCUGCGCUCUCUCCAAAUACAAAAUAACAAGUCCUGCGCUCAAACUCCCAUCACUCCUGGGCGGCAGCAACGACCAUAGCACACAUCAGCCCCAAUACAUACAGUAAAAACCAAAGAAAGAAAAGUUACCUUCGUUCUCUCCUUAAUCCCUAUGUAUAUUUAAACAAAUGGAGGUCACUUAGUUACUCCAAUGGCCACUGGAGGGAAUGCCCGCCUGCCAACGUCAAGGCAGACCCCCCUAGACGGGUCCUACUCUGACCCUUUACCUUGCUUCCUUGAGCUUCUGGCAAAGAUAUCUCUAAUGAGACAGAAAGGGGUAUUUUUUAUAUACACCCCUAUAUACUUAUUAUCCCUUAAUAGGGAACACAUGGGAUCGGCGGCAGCAUUGUAACAAAGCUGUGUGAUACAAAAAGUGAAUACAAAUACAAAAAUCAAGUCCUGCGCUCACUCCCAUCACUCCUGGUUUGCCUUGUUUAUAUGCAUUGUCUUAAUAAUUUUCUCGUACUAUAAUUUGCUUUAAUCUUCUGAUAUUUCUUUCUUAUUUUGGGAGCUUUCUUUACCCAAAACCUAGUUUACAUGUUAAUCCAAUUGUGUUGAUCACACCGUACAGUCAUUUUGUGUUUCUGCACAUCCGCCAAAUCAAUAGACUUCACCAAUGGACAUACUCUAACCUUCUUUAGAUCUCCCUAUGAAUAAAAUGCAAGCUUCAUCAAAAGUAAAUGGUGUGGUAUUUCUAUAAUAACGUGUCAUGUUCCUUAAGUAGUUUUGGUGUAUAGACCAUGCCCUAGCAGCCUCACUGCUCAAUUCUGCUCAAUUCUCACUGCUCAAUUUAGGAGUUGAACAGUUUGUUUCUGUUUUUGCAGCCCUAGCCACACCUCCCCUGGCUGUGAUUCACACACUCGCACAGUGUGUUUUCUUUAGAAGUUUUUACCUCCUUCUCUGUUAAACUUUAAUCACCCACUAGAGGUAACUGCACACUCUAGCAGGCUAUUAACAGAGCAAGGGAUAAGAAAUUCUAAAUUAAAUACAUUGUGCAGUAAAGGAAGAUUAAACAGCCCCCUGUACAAGUCUUUAGGAAGGCUGUGCACAUUAAAUGCAGGGAGGUGUGACUAGCGCUGCAUAACGAAAGUUAUUUAAUAUAAAUUGCAGAGAAUUGAGCAAUGAGACUGCAAGGACAUGACCUAUACACAAAAAACACCGGAAUAAGCUAACGUUUUGGUGCUUAGAGUGCCCUGAUUUAUCUAUAUUUUUAAAGAAACUGCAAGAUGCUCCACAUGAACUUUGCAACAUACUUGCAUAUACAUUUAUGGAUCUUUUAAACUUUUUUUAGCAGCAUAUGAAGUUUUGGGUCAGGCACUCGAGAGAGGUAUCUCUCCCGGAUCCAGAGUAAUUUCUCAAAUAAAUGUAUGGAUCUGGUAAUAUCUAGCAGUUUUUAUAGGCAAAAACAUGUGGAUCCAGAAGGAUCUCAUUGUUUUUAUGAAAAAUUUAAAGAUCCAGAGUAAUUUCCCCCCCAAAUGUAUGGAUCCGGCACUUUUAAAUAAAAAUCACAUGGAUGUGCUAAGAUCCAGCGAUUUUUCUAGGAAAAACAUUAUUAUUGAAAUACCACAUCCAUAAGAGAAAUAAUGCUCAGUGGCAUAAUAUAAAACCAGAAAAAGUUCAACAAAAUUGUGUUGACAAAUAAAUCAGACUCUCUUCAUAUGUUAGGCCUCAACUUAUAAAGCUGUUCCAAUAGUUUUGUGUUUAAGGAUAGUGAUGGAUAUUGACAGUUUGAUUGCAAGAUAAAAACAUCCACAUUCACAUACACAAGUUUUCAAGUUAAUGUUUCUCAAUAUUACUAGACCCGAGUCAUUAAUCCCAUUACUUUAUAAUGAAACUAGAGAUUAAAAGUGAUGAAAUUGUUGUGAUUUUGAGUGCAAAACAUAAUUAUCAAAGAGCAUGCGUUCAUUGAAAACAUAUGAAGUCAUAUAUGCCGAUUAUUGUUAUGAACAUUAGUGUAAAUUGGUUUUGUAAUGGUUGGCUUCGGUAGGAAUAUAAAUAUAAUUAUUAUAGGGAGUGAAUUUAGAGGGUUUUCUACUCAGGUUGGGGUGGAGUUUGGAUAGUAAAUCAUUUGUACCGUCUCAAUCUUUUCUGUCCUGUUUAGAUUUGAGCAACAAAGCCUUUCUCUUCCCUAAAGAAACUGCCAACGCACACAUCAUUCUAAACCCCGAGGCAGCAAAGCCUUUAGAAAAGCUUACCGUCUGUCUUCGAUCCUACACUGAACUCACUCGAGAACAUUCUCUUUUUUCUCUGGCAUGCCCUGGCUCAGAAAAAGACAACACUUUUCUUAUCUUAACAUUGCCACCAAACGUCUACUCAGUUUAUGUUAACCAAGAAGAAAAUCGCUUCAAGAUUGACCCAGAGGUUCUCGACUGGAAACACACCUGCGUGAGCUGGAACUCUGACACAGGAGUGAUCCAACUUUGGGUCAAUGGGAAGCUCUAUCCAAGAAAGAUCUCAAAUAAAGGAUUUACUAUUCCAAUACCAACCUUUAUUAUCCUGGGACAGGAUCAAGAUUCCUUUGGGGGUGGAUUUCAAGCUGCUCAGUCAUUUGUGGGUGAAAUGAGAGAUGUCCAUAUGUGGGAUUUUGUAUUGAGCCAGGAAGAUAUACAAAAUGUUCUGGUCAAUGAUAUAAAUGGAAAUGUUCUUAGCUGGACAGCUCUGCAGUAUGAGAGUAAUGGGGAAGUGGUUGUCCCAUUCAAAGUUCAGAGUAAGUCCUUGAGGUACCCAACCAGUUUGUACCCUCAAUUCUAG